AUGGCAAUGAGCACAGAAAUAACGACUGCAACACCCAAUGCAUUCUACAAGAAUCCAAACUCCUCGGUUUCUUCCACAGAUUUGGUUGCAACCAACAGAUUCACAACGCAUCUCUUAUCUAAGGAUCCCUUAAAAAAGCCUCAAAACGAAAUAUCCACAGACCCUAAAACUGUCCUCAUAUCAAAAUCCGCAGCCUCCUCCACCAUACUAAUAUCUCCAAAAAAAUCUAAGAAACCUUCAGGUCCACCACCAAAUCAAAAUCCUCCUGCAUCACCAAAGUCCAGGAAGCUGACCAAGAAACCAAGCAGCGUGUUGAAUAAGAUAUCCAUGUUUGAAAACAGUACUCCUAAUGGUGAACAGUUGUUUAAAAGAAAUUUCAAACCAAUUUUGGCCACAGGGACUAAGAAUGAUCUGCUUAACCGUUCGUCAAACCAAUCGGAAAAUUUCAAGAAUACCAAUACCCCUAUCAAGCUGUUUGCCUUUAAAACCCAGCAAAAUCAGAAAUCAAAAAACAGUAAAUUAUUUAAAGGAUCUGAUAAUAAAGAGAAUCCAAACUUUAAUACCGCCCAUAUUCCAGCCAGCUUGUCAGUUCCUGAGACCGUCAUUACUGAAGAUGACACACAACCAAUCGCCAGUUCUCUGUUUGCCAAAUCUCCAACCUCUGAAAAGAAUUCUAAUGAUACUAGCUUUUCUAGUAUAAUUGGUGGUACAAGAUCAAAAAAGACCAAACACUCUGUUUCCACCGCUUUUACCAAUGACCCAAUUUACGGGAAAUCCAAAAUAAAGUCUUCAGUCGACACAUCUUUUAAUAGCCUUGGAAGUGGCCAACCAUUUUACCAAAUACCAAGAUCCGGCUCUAAUGCUGGAAGUAUUCAUUCAGAAAGACCCCUUUUUGAUAUGCCAAGGGCCGGGAAUUUUUCUAGUGGUGCAAGUAUUGCCGGGAGUAUGGUAUCCGAGAGACCUUUGUUUGAUGUGACUUCUGAAAACAUGAAUGACAAUGAGACUGUCUACAAACGUCUACACAAAUCUUCAAACUCUAUUCUUUCAGAUUCACUUUUUGAUACUCAUGAAAUGGCGGAUAGUUCACUUUCAGAAAAUAUUGACAGAUCAAAAAACCCUCAGCUGGAUGACACCACUGAAUCUAAAGUGAUUGCCAAUAGAAUUUUGAGAGAGCCAAGCGUUGAGCAAAAAUUGGACGAAUUUUCUUAUUUAUUUAAUAUUGAAGAGGGUGGUGAUCUAGGUAAUCCUAAACCUAGGGGACAUGCAUCGAUGAUCAUUGCAUCUUCCCUGGUUAAAUCCCAUUUAAAUGACCCAAAGAGGCAUUCGAUGAUCGAAGCCCCCGAUGUGUCAAAAGUUAGCAAAGCCAAUAAUACCGUGAGAUUUAAUGAAGAAAUCACCACGUAUGAACAUCCAGAGAUUUCGUAUGAAGAAGGAGAUUCAACCAACCGUGAUGGCGAAGAAGAAAAUGACGAUGAAGAUGAUGUGACGAUUGAAAGUGAAAUGUUAGUUGUCACCAAUGGCAAAGACAAUAUUUGUUCAAGAGACGAUGCUGCCGAAUUUUUCAAUAAACCAAUAACCCAUACCGUGGUUAAAAAAGCUAUACAGACUGCAGAAAAUCGAUCAAAGAUUUUUUAUAGUGAUAGAUAUAAAAAGGAAUAUCAAAUGCUUGAAGAAACAAGAGUAAAAAGAAAAUCCUCUACCAGAAAUCAUCCAAGAAGCCCAACAAAGAGCCCAAAAUAUUAUUCCGAUAGCUCUUAUUUGAGUGGUCGCUUACAGUCGUCUGAGUUGGUCAAUGAAGAGCAAGUGUCGGAAACUUCAAUCUUCAGAAGAUUAUCCAAUAAAAGGUCAAAAAACAAGGAAAAUUUAGUUUUAGAUGAUAGCGAAUGGCACUCAAAUCUUCAAUCAUCAAGAACUCGGAGCUCUCGAGCCCCAUCGAUUCAAUCAAGCCGAGUCAGUUUUGUAUCGACUAUCAAAUCACACUCCCAUUACAAAAAGAUUUUCCCGGGCUCAAUUUUUACCUCAAGAAGUAAUGUGACAUUACCAAGAAAUAGUAACGACAUUCCUGAUGCUCCUGUGAAUCUUAUGCAAAACCCAUUGUUGGAUUCGGAGGUUAACGGUUUGAGAAAAAAUUCCGGUGAACCAACUACUGAGGGAGAGCUAAAGGGAACCAAAAAAUCAAUCAAUAAUUUCUACGGUAUAAAAUCGGCAAGUCAAAGCAAAAGAAGUCUCAAAGCUUUCAGAUCAAAGAACUUCAGUGUGAUUAGUCUCAAUCGUCAAUCAAAGUCAUCCAAUCCAAAGACGGGCAACUCAGAAACUGUUAAAAAACAUGGCUCAGUCUUUAACAAUGUGAUGUCUAAAAUCGCUUCUUUUUUUUAA